UUUCCAUUGCUGGUCAUUAAUUCGCGCGGCUCUGUCCCCCGUUACCGUCUCCGUCUCCAAGUCCAAGUCCGAAUUGGAGUCCCUGUCAUGGUCGGUGUCCGUCUCCUGUCCCUGUCUUUGGUGUGUGGGCUGCUGGCCACUGCCAUUGACGUCACGCAAGGCAAAAGACUGGAGCAACUGAAUCAUAAAAUCUUAAGGUAUGACAACCGCAUUGUGGGUGGGCAGGAGGCAGCUGAUGGUGUGGCACCCUAUCAGGUGUCCAUUCAAACCACCUGGGGAACGCACAUCUGCAGCGGUGUCAUCCUCGAUGAACAGUGGAUACUCACCGCCGGCCACUGUGCCCUGGACUAUGGCCUCGCGGAUCUACGGAUCAUAGUGGGCACCAACGAUCGCCUUAAUCCGGGCCAGACUCUGUUCCCUGACGAAGCUUUAGUCCACUGCCUGUAUGAUGUUCCGUAUUUGUACAACAAUGACAUUGGUUUGAUCCACGUAAACGAGUCCAUCAUCCUCAAUGAUCGUGUGCAGCUCGUGGAGCUGAGCUCGGAGCAGCCGCCGGUGGGAGCUACGGCCACGCUGACGGGCUGGGGUGCUCCGGAGAAUAGUUUGCCCACGGUGCAGUUCCUGCAGACCCUCAACCUGACCAUCAUCGAUCACGAGGAGUGCCGGGAGGCAUGGGAUUAUCACACUGGCAUCGACAUUGGCCACAUCUGCACCUUCACAAAGGCGGGCGAGGGCUCAUGCUCCGGCGACUCUGGAGGACCCCUCAUGUGGGAGGGCAAGCUGGUGGGUCUGGUCAAUUGGGGACGACCCUGCGGCUUGGGCAUGCCAGAUAUGUUUGCCAACACCAUUUACUAUCAGGAUUGGAUCCGUAGGACUCGCUCGGGCUGCAAGAAUCGGGUCACCUAAGGAAGACAUCACAAGAGAUCGAAUGUUAAAAAUAUGGCUGACCCUGCUACGGCAUGAAUAUGCCAAAUAUAUAUUUAUUAUUGGUUGAACAACAAAAAAACCGUUUUGAUAACAUGAAUACACUUACUCAUGCAAGGAGGGACAAGGCGAAGGCCCGGGCCUGUGGUCAUUAGCUGGGCAAUCUAGGCUUUUAUGGAUCUGUUUACUGAGGUCUUAUGACAUCAGAUAAUACAUAGUAUGUUAUGUUUGCUGGGGCAGUCGAAAUUUAAAACGGGAAAUGCUUCAGACAGGCUUGCAUACUCUAGUUUUUUUUUCUUAGUUUACAAAUUGUUUGAGUAAAAAUAAGAGUUUGAUACUUAUUCUAGGUCUUCAAAAAGGAAAAGAUUUUUAAAAUGAUUAAAAGCUAUAUGAGUUGAAUUGUGUUAUGUUUAUUAUUGUGUUAUGUUUAUUAUUGACUUUGAUAAAUGCCUUCAAUUAUCAUAUUCAUGCUUGCUUUGUAGAAAUGAUGAUUAAUUAAGGAUUUUUUAUUGAUGAUUGCGGCUAACAGGGAUACGUGAUCAACA